CAUCUCGUUACGCUCGCAGAUUAUGGUCUCAACACCGUGUUUUCAGCGAAGCAGAAGCUAUCACCUUUGGAUAUGAACAUGCCAAGACUGUACGGUUCUCGAUGGACCCUCUGCUUCCCUCUGCCGGAUGGUGCGACUAAAACUCAGAUCUUUGAGAAUUUGAGAAGGGGUCUAGCGUACACGAUCUCCGCUAUACCUUGGCUUUCUGGAGACGUGGGACCAGAAGAAGGCAGUGAUCCAAAAGACUGCAGAGUUCAGGUGGUAGAAGGGUCUGGUGGCGUUGAGUUGCGAUACAAAGAUCUCACAGAAAUCCUGCCAUCCUACAAUGAGUUCAAGAAAGACAACUUCACAUUCUCCAAGCUCACGACUCACCUGAUUUCUCCACUUCAGGUCAUACAGAAGUCUCAACCUGUUUUUGCUGCACAAGCAAACUUCGUCAAAGGUGGACUCCUCCUCACAUUCGGAGUCCAUCACUCUGUGUGCGACGGUAUCGGACUGGAUCAUAUCCUCGAGAUAUGGGCACUCAACGCAGGCGUCACCAGCGACUCAGGACCACUCAGCAAGUACGAUCCGAUCUCGAACGACCGCACGCCCUUGGGCGAGGGUCUUCCCGGGACCAACAUCGCCGACUUCCCCGAAUACCUGCUCAUGCCCACUCCACCCGCCUCCGCAUCUUCUCUAGCGCCGCCAACCUACCAACUCCCUCCCAUGACCUCCAAAAUCUUCUACGUUUCACCAGAACACCUCGGUGACCUCAAACUCGCAGCAGAAGCAUUCUCCACCAACGACGCCCUGUGCGCCUUCUUCUGGCACCACAUGACCCUCGCUCGAAACCCAUCCCCAGAUCCCACUGAUGAAAAAACCUCCGCCGUCCUCUUCGCCGUCAACAUCCGCAACCGCACCAGCCCUCCGCUCCCUCAAACAUACCUAGGAAACGCCUCCCUGGGCGGCAUCACGCAGCGACUCUCCAUCCCCUCUCUCACCCACCCCAAGACUGGACUCACUCACGCCGCAGCAGCGCUCCGCGCCGCUCUCAACGCCAUCCACAAACCUUCCCGCGUACCACUCACGAUCGGGCUCUUGAGCUCACGUCCUAAUGCGCAGGACUUCAAGUUUGCUGCUAAUGCGUUCUUGGGGAGUGAUGUUACGAUGACGAGUUGGGCGGGGAUGGGGGUUAGGGACAGAGAAUGGGGGAACUUGGGUAAGCCGGAAGGGUUUAGGGUCCCGUAUGAGUGCGCGGAUGGUAUUGUGGCUGUUUUCCCGAGGUUGGAGGGUGGGGGGCUGGAAGUUAUGGCGGGUUUGGAAACGGAGGCGAUGGAGAGGAUGAUGAAGAAUCCGAUAUUUUUGCAGUUCGCCGAAGAGCUGUAAGCAGUGGGGAAUAUCAGACAAGCACCUGUUUUCUGCAGCUGGUGCGGUUGAGGCUGUUGGAUGUGGCCCCAAGUCAGGAGACGUCCUUUUAUGUUAGAUAUGGAAUUUCUCGGGCAGUUAGAGGAAAACCUGGCCCUGUAGUAUUCUCCUAACUAUUAAGCCUUAUAAUUCGUGCAAAUAUCCCACUCUCCUAACUUUGUUUACCAUUAUUCCACAAGCAGAAUUCCUCUGCUUUCAAGAUCCUAAAAAAAAACCUC